AGAGGUCGCUCGGCAACCGAGAAUUGCCCACGGCUCCGUUCAAGUGAGUGCCUGCAGCCUCCGGCUUGCGUUCUUCCUUAGCCGCACUGACGCCCUACAGGGUUCUCGACGCCCCGAAUUUGCGAGACGAUUUCUAUUGCUCAAUCCUGGCGUACUGUCCGACCUCGCAGACGCUAGCAGUGGGAUUGGGCGACCUCCUCUACGGGUGGUCCGAGGCCAGAGGAGUGCAGCUCCUGAAUGCUGGGUCGGACGCCGACUGCCACUUGACCAGCCUGUCCUUCUCGUCCUCCGAAGGGUGCAAAGCCAUUUUGGCCUUCGGGAGAUCCAAUAAGACACUUAGUUUGAUGUCGUUGUACGAUGAUCCCGAUCCUGGGACUUCGCGUUCAGCGCCGACGCCUCGUUUCGAGGUUGUCCAGCCGGCACCAGUUGCUUGUCUCAGCUGGAGGCCCGUCUGCACCGUGCGGCCGUCCAAGAGCCUCAUGCAACCCGGCAUCCCGGUCAAGACGGAGGACCUCCUAGUCGGGGAUGAGGUUGGCCAGGUCUACUACUAUUCAGUCGAGUGGCCGGAGAGGUGGGAGGUGGAGCGUCACAACUGGGGCGGGCAGAUGACGCUGCUGGCACGCAUUGUCGUCCAUUCUCAGCAGAUCUGCGGAUUGGCUUGGUCGCGGACUGGUGCAGCUUUCGGCACGGGAGGCAACGACAACCUGUGCUGCCUGUUCGAGACUUCCAAGGUCCUCGAAGCCCCCCCUGACAAGCGUGAUGGCGACGAAGGGCUGCUGCAGGGUGAGCUGUCGACUACGACGCAUGCUCGUGCACCCAGCGGGGUCUCAGAGGCCGAGACGGAGGUCCGAGUGACCCAAUCCACGUUUGUCCGGCACAUCCGACCUGGCGACGAGAAGCACCGGUGGGUUCACGGAGCCGCGGUCAAGGCUAUCGCAUUCUGCCCCUGGCAGGAGAGUUUGGUGGCGACCGGCGGAGGCUCCAACGACAAGUGCAUCCAUUUCUUCCACACGGGGUCCGGCGCCGCCCUGGCGUCGAUAUCGGUCUCCGCCCAAGUCACCAGCCUGAUAUGGUCCACGUCCCGCCGCGAGAUCGCAGCCACGUUCGGCUACGCCCAACCCGACCACCCCGUCCGAAUCGCCGUCUUCUCCUGGCCGGAAUGCCGCCAGGUCGCCGCCAUACCCUGGGCCGGCGAGCACCGCGCGCUCUAUGCGAUCCCGUUCCCCUGCGGUCCCGAAAACACCCGCUCGUCGGGGCGCGGAGGUGGUCGUACGGCCCGGCGCCGCAGUCGCACCGCCGAGGAAGGCUGCAUUAUGGUUGCAUCCAGCGACAAGAGCGUCAAGUUCCAUGAGGUAUGGACGGCGGACCGGAAGGCUACCGCCGGCGGGACCGGCAUACUGGGCGGGAGCGUCAUUCUCGAGUUUCUGGAAGGGAUCGACAGGGACGAGACGGUGAUCCGGUAAUGGUGAUGUCGAGGAGAUUCUGAAACGAGUCGGCUUGGGACGACGGUCACGGGCCGCGGUAGCGUAGUUGGUUGCUCGAAAUAUCCUGUUCAGCGGUCAGCGGUCAGCGGGGAGGCCUGGUGGCUGUCCUUGGCCAUCUCUGUUUAGGUUGCCACUCCAUUUCCCGGAGCCAUCAUUCUGUCGACUCAUUUUUGGAAAGCG